GCUUGUUGAUUGUCCGGUGACGUGCUUCUUCGAAUCGCAGUCUACGCCUUUCCCCCGACGAGACACAUGCUCUCUCCUAGAGAACCGUGCGGAGAUGGCGUUCUCGCCUUGGAACACUCUUUCCGGGUCUUCAAAGGUCCUCGCCCUCGAACACCAUGCGUAUCUCCCUCGUUGUGUUGUCGGUCUGUGCUACCGCAUUUGCUGCACCUUCUCCUCGCUCUACUCAUGUCAUGCACGAGAGGCGCGCGGCGGAGCCUGUUGGGUGGUCAAAAUCCAGGAGGCUUGAAGCAGAAAAAGUUUUGCCCCUGCGCAUCGGCCUCAAACAACAGAACCUCGAUGAUCUGGACGAUCUCCUCAUGUCUGUUUCACACCCGGACUCUCCGACCUAUGGACAGCAUUGGUCUCCGAACAGAGUUGUAGAUCACUUUUCUCCUUCCAAUUUGACGGUAGCAACCGUGAAGGAUUGGCUCACUUAUGCUGGUCUGUCGAGUAACCGUCUCCGCCAUUCUGUCAGCAAGGGUUGGAUAGAGGUCAAUGCAACUGUAGCGGAGGUCGAGGAACUGCUGAGUACCGAAUAUCACGUCUACACACACACGUCUGGCGUCGAACAAAUCGGAUGCCAUUCGUACUCGGUGCCGGAGCAUGUUCGCGAACACAUCGACCUCAUCAAGCCCACAGUACACUUCAAUCAUCGUGCUGGUAGCGAACCAGCUCGCAUGAGGAAGCGGACUACCGACAAACUAGGCUACCCAUCUUCCUUCAACGGGCCGAAGACUAUUGGCAAGAAACCGAACGUCAAACCGUCGCUGGAUACUUGCGAUCAGUUUAUCACCCCUGAUUGCCUUCGGGCACUCUACAAUAUCAACUACAAGCCGGUUUCAACGCAGAAGAACUCGUACGGGAUCGUUGAGUUCACCCCACAAGCAUUCUUGACCGGAGAUCUCGAUCUGUUCUUUACCAAUUUCUCUACCAGCCAAGUAGGGAGUAGACCCAUCCUUGUCUCUAUUGACGGAGGGGUAGCGCAAACAGAAAAUCAGAGCUUCGGUUUCAAUGGCGAGAGUGACCUUGACUUGGAAUAUGCCAUGGCCUUGACAAAUCCCCAGCCAAUUACUCUUCUCCAAACUGGUGAUCUUGUCGAAGGCGCUGGGUUUGAUAACUGGCUUGAUGCCGUCGACAAGUCAUUCUGUACGUUUGAAGGAGGAGAUGACCCUACGCAGGAUGGAAUUUAUCCUGAUCCUCAACCAGGAGGCUUUGACGAACCUGAAUCAUGCGGAAUUAUUCCUCCGCCAAAAGUGGUGUCAGUAUCCUAUGGGCAGGACGAGGCAACAGUCACGGCUGUGUUUGCUAACAGGCAAUGCGUUGAGUAUGCCAAGCUUGGGUUGAUGGGAACAACCGUUCUCUACAGUUCAGGCGAUUUUGGCGUUGCAGGUUUCGAUAAUGUGUGUCUAACACCUGAUGGUGAAGAAUCACAAAAUGGUACAAGGUUCAACCCGGAUUUCCCUUCCGGGUGUCCGUAUGUCACUUCAGUUGGUGCAACGCAAGUCAAUCCAGGCUCUACGGUCCACGAUCCAGAAGGUGCCUGCGAGCAAGUCAUCUUCAGCGGGGGAGGUUUCAGCAAUAUUUUCCCCGUACCGUCGUAUCAAACGUCUGCCGUUGCCAGUUUCUUGAAGAACCACCCGCCGCCAUACUCAGCUGCGCAAUUUAAUAACUCUGGAAAGGCCCGGGCGUUCCCUGAUUUAUCUGCCAACGGCGCGAAUUAUGUCGUAGCUAUUGAUGGCGAAUUCGAGCUUGUGUUCGGAACGUCCUGCUCGUCCCCAGUGGUCGGAUCACUCAUCACUCUCGUGAACGAUGCUCGUCUUGCCAAGGGAAAGAAAUCAGUCGGUUUCAUAAACCCUUCGGUAUAUUCCAGUAAAUUCGCACAUGCUUUUAACGACAUCACAACGGGAGGAAACCAGGGAUGUGGAACUCCCGGUUUCACGUCGACGACUGGCUGGGAUCCUGUGACUGGCGUCGGAACACCCAACCUCGAGCUUUUAUUGCCGUUGUUCUUGGCCUUGCCAUGAGCGUGGACGAACUUUCAUUACGAACCACGUUCUGUUUGCACGACUCACUGGUGGCUCUUAAACGGUUUGUUGAAUAGGGACUUUGCUACCCAGCCCAUUUGAAGGAUACGGAUCCGAUGGAAAUGCGGGCGUCAAGGUGAUGGUGUGGACAACCCAAAUCAGAAAGCAUGAACGACCUCAAAACGCACACAUCAUUCUUGCUUUGUCCACCCCCGGCGGAUCAGUGAAAGGGACUCUCGCAAUGUAGAUUCUGAAGUGAGCGCGAUGUCCUAUAGAUGGCACCCGUAAGUGGCGGCAGUCAUUCCGUUAUGCUUCCUUCCUUUUCCCCAAACAAAAGCGUGCAAAAUACCCACGCCGCCGCCCUAUGCACCGUCCAUGCCCAUCUGCGCACGGCGGGUAGCGAUGCGCCGCAUAUCCAGCUCCCCGGCGAACCACCGUGUCCAGUACUUCGUGUGCACCAUGUCCGCCGCCAUCUGCCUGAUCAGCUUCCGCAGCGCCUGCAGCUCCUCCGGAUCCGCGGCCUGGCCCUGGUCGCUCGCGGCACCGUGGAGCUCGACGUCGCGCAUGCUCUCCCGGAACCGCCGGACGUCCUGCUUGACGCCCUCGAGCGCGUCCUGCAGGAAGGCGAGCGCGUCGUCCAGCUCGUCGCACGCUUGGUUCGCCUCGGAUACUUGCGCGGAGAGGGAGGAGGUAGACAUGGUCCGUUUGGGUUGAAAACGUCAGGGGAUAGGAUCGUGAGUUGCGGGCGACUGUUCGCUUGGUCUGAAUGCGUGUGUGCAGGAUUGUGAGCGCCCAUCUCGUCGCCGCUCUGCUUUUAU